CCUCUGAAUUUCAAAUCCCUCUUUCUUUCUUCUCAAUCCACCGCCCCUCUUCAAAAUUUUGUCUUUUUUUUUCUUAUAUUCACACCCCCUUUAACCCUAAUUAGUGUCUCUUAAUUACUCUUUCAGUUCCUUAACAACAGUAGCACAAUAAAUGGAGGGCCUUUGUUGCUGAGGUGAUUUGCCGCUUUGCAUUAGCUUCUUCGUUGGACGAAGCUAAUUUCAAGUUCAUCUGAUCAUCAAAUAUGGUUGGCGGCCCUUUAAGUCGGAAAUGUAAAACGAAUGGCUCCAUCUGUAGUAAAGUUGAGGAAAAGCGGUUAGAAGCCCCAGUUCCUACUUCAGUGUCAUCUGUUCGGAGAUCUCCUGUUUUAUCUAGCAAGAAGGACACCACCCAUAAUCUAAAGAAGAAUUCAUCACUUGCUUUUAGCACAAAAGUAUUGUGUGGAAAAGAAACAGAAAGUACACCGGAGUUGAGGAGUGCUGAGACAAGGAAUAGAAGUUCAUUUUCCGCACCUACAAUUAGUUCUUCUAGAAAAACUAAUACAGAAAAGCAAAAUGAUCAUACAGUCCAAGUCCCGCAAAUGAAGACAAGGUUAAAAAAAGGUUCGGAAUCAGAAGCAAUUAAGACAAGCCAAGUGAAAGAUACUCCUGCUCCUGGAAGACCACCCUUGCCUCCUGUAGCUAAGAAAAUCAAGAAGAUUUCAGCGGCCGCGUCUCAAGUCCUACAGGAAAUAACUCCAAUCCAGACUUCUAUCCAUCAAUCACAACCAACACCUAGACAUACAAAGAGCUCUGAACUUCAGAAGACUUCAUCUAAGACCCAGCUUUCGCAUCAAAAGAUGCAGGGCAAAGCUCUUGUCCAUCAGUCCAAAUUUCAAAAGGCUCCAACUUCAGACCUUUCGCAAAAAAGGACCCUCAACCAGAAUUCGGUGGGAAAGACAAGGAUCCCUACUUCCAUCAGGCAGUCUAAAUCGUCCACAAGUACCAAGGAGCCUUUAAGAAUUAAUGAAGAGCCUAUCCACCAUAUUAUAUGGGAAGGUCCGGAUGAAACAUUUGAAUCUUCUGGAAUCACGUGCCCACUAUGCGAAAAUGAUCUGUUGUACAUGCCUGAUGAAUAUGUAGACGGAUAUUAUGAUGAUGUUGAACCUUCGGUUCUCCCAAAUGUUGCUAUUUUGCCGUGUGGUCAUUCUUUUCACAGUGUAUGCUUGGAUGGAAUUGCCCCUGAAGAAAACUCAGCUUCAAGUAAAUUUUGCCAACUGUACAGAUCCCUUAUGGUCUCCUUCCCUUUCGACUGUGUAGCCGCUCUAGCAGAUACUACAAGCCCUUUGUCCCACGCAUCUAACCAGCUCGGGUGGGUCACCGUUUUUGCCGAAAACUCUCAUUUUGUGAAGCGUUGGAAAGCCUCGAGAUGACAUGCAGAAUAAAGUCUUUCUUCAAUUUCAGCUGCUCAUUUUAGUUCAAUUUAUUUUUGUCAAUUUAGAAAUAGCAAUAUAUUGAGGCCAAUUUCUCAAGAUUAUUUCCAGGAUUUUACAUGCUUAUUAAAAGUUUUCAGAGCUUCA